ACUAGCCAAAAAACAACAACAACAACGGCUGGCGAACAGGAACAGAUCGCCCGGAAAAUAAAUCGAAACAAAUAAUGAGCCUUAAUUAGCGCGCGUGCCAAUUUGUCUGUUAGAAGCGGAAUUUCGCAACACCACGGAGAGGAGGUGAUUCGUAGUGGAAGAGCGGAGUGAAGUGGAGUGGAGUAGAUUGGCAAUUAUUAUUGUCAUCGCAUUACCGAUGAAUAAUUGCCUCUGCAAGUGUGUGAGUGUGUGUGCGAUACACCCACCUUGAGCGACAACAACAAUAAAUCACCCAAGAAAACAAACAAGCUUCUGCGAUUACCCAGAAUUAUUACGGACUCGGUUACAAUAACGCAGCUCAAGAGCAGGAGCAGGGUCAAAUCGCCACCUAGUUGCUCCCGAUUCCAACCAGAAAUAAGAAACCUCUUAGCGAAAACAGCCCCUUUUCAAUUCCAAUCGGAUCCCAUACGAGUUCCAAUCGCUGGGCGUUCGCGCCAACUAUAAAUAGAAAAAGCAAAAAAAAAGCAACAACACAGCAGCAAACAACUGUCCAUAUUCAUAUCUACGUACAUACAUACAUAUAUAUCAUCGACGCAGAGGAAGAAGCCCUCAAAAGUAUUAUUCUUCAUUCCGAGAUUAAGGCAAAACACAAGCGUUUGCAUUCUCACUAGCAAAUAGGCAAAUAGAAGAAGGAACCAGGAGCUCGAAACUUGAAUCAUCAGAACAAAAAUGGACACGGUGGGCGACAAUGUGCAUGUGACCAAUGGAACCGCUCCUGCUCCUGUGGCCGCCAGGACAACCAAGGAUAUUGUUAAGGAGCGGUUCAAGGAAGACGAAACCAUAGAAUAUUUAUUCGAGGCUUAUCAGAUCAAAGGUCCGGAGUAUACAAAUCGACUGCUGGCGCUUGUUUCCUCGAAAUCGGGCGGAACAUUCGCCAUCAUCGCCUUCUCCUACCUGCGCACUCCGCUGACCUCCGUGAACGAGCUGAUCAUCAACAAAGUGUUCGCCAUCGACCACAAUUUCCAGCUGCGGCAGGAUAGCAAGAGCUCGAUCACCACCCAGCAAUUUGACUUGUCCACUGCCGAGGAUGGCCCCAUCAAGUACUACUACUACACCACCGAAGGCGACCACUACGAGGAGUUUGUAGCCAAGGUGAUUUCCUUUAAGAGCACCAUGGUCCAGCACGAUCCCGAAACGGUGCUCAACUUUAGGUGGCUCAAUGACUAUCGCCAGAUUGGCGAGGUCAAGCAGGAGCUGAAGAAGCGCGAGAGCGAGUAUAUUGUUUACAAGGACAUUAUUAUCUACUGUGCCACGUGGAACGUGAACAACAAGACUUGCAGCGACAGCAGCAAUCCAUUGCGACCAUGGCUGGCGUGCAGUGAACAGCCGCCGGAUAUUUAUGCCAUUGGAUUGCAGGAGCUGGACACUCCCACAAAGGCCAUGCUGAACUCGACUCAGGUGCAGGCCAUCGAGAAGCAGUGGAUUGAUAAUAUGAUGGACAGCGUCCACCCGGAUGUAGAGUACGAGAUCCUGAUGUCGCAUCGGCUGGUGGCCACCAUGCUAACGGUCAUCGUGCGCAAGCAGUUGCGCCAGCACAUCAUACGCUGCCGCCCCAAGUCGGUCGCACGCGGAAUCUUCAAUACGCUGGGCAACAAGGGGGGCGUGGCCAUCAGCCUGCAGCUCAAUGAGGGCAACAUCUGCUUUGUCAACUCCCAUUUGGCCGCCCACAUGGGCUACGUGGAGGAGCGGAACCAGGACUACAACGCUAUCGUGGAGGGAAUACGCUUCGACGACGGACGCACCAUCAGCGACCAUGAUCACAUCUUCUGGCUGGGCGAUCUGAACUAUCGCAUUCAGGAGCCGCCCGGACAACAGCGACCAGGACCGCUGAGCGAUGUCCAAACCUACGAGCUGCUCUUGCAGUACGACCAGCUGCGGCAGGAGAUGCGGCGCGGCAAGUGCUUCGAGGGCUACACCGAGGGCGAGAUUAAAUUCCGGCCGACCUACAAGUAUGACCCGGGCACGGACAACUACGACAGCAGCGAAAAGCAGCGGGCGCCGGCCUACUGCGACCGCGUCCUCUGGAAGGGAACGCGCAUCGAGCAGCUGGCCUACAACAGCAUCAUGGAGAUCCGGCAGAGCGACCACAAGCCCGUCUACGCCGUGUUCCGAGUGAAGAUAAAGACGCGCGACGAGGUCAAGUACAAGCGGGUGCAGGAGGAGGUGCUCAAGGCGGUGGACAAGCGGGAGAACGACAACCAGCCGCAGAUCAAUGUGGAGAAGACGGUGAUCGAUUUCGGAACUGUGCGCUUCAACGAGCCGAGCAUACGGGACUUCAAUGUCUACAACAACUGUCCGCUGCCCGUGGACUUUAGUUUCAAGGAGAAGGACAUCCACGCCAUCUGUGAGCCCUGGCUGCAUGUCGAUCCGCGGCAGGAUUCUCUGCUCAUCGACUCCGCCCGCAGCAUCCGUCUGAAGAUGCACGUCAAUGUGCGCACCAUCGCCGGCUUGUUACGCAAGAUCCGGGACAGCGAUAACUUUGACAUUCUCAUCCUGGACGUGGAGAACGGCAGGGACAUCUUCAUCACGGUGACCGGCAACUACCAACCCAGCUGCUUCGGCCUCUCCAUGGAGACCAUGUGCCGCACCGAUCGUCCCUUGAGCGAGUACUCCCAGGACCAGAUUAAGCAGCUGAUGAAUAACGAAUCCCCGGAGUAUCGCGUGACCAUGCCGCGGGAGUUCUUCCUGCUGAUCGACUAUCUGUACAGGCAGGGUUCCAGACAGGAGGGCGCGUUCCCGUCCUACGACUCCCGUCUUUCCCUCGGCGCCCAGUUCAACUCGGUGCGCGACUGGCUGGACACCUGGUCGGAUGAGCCGUUUCCUGCUAAUGCGGAGACUGCUGCGCAAGCGCUGCUGCUUUUACUGGAUCUGCCGGAGCAGGCACUGUUGGAGCCGGUGGUCGAGAACCUGCUGGAAUGCACCAGCAAGUCGCAGGCCAUGGACUAUAUAUCGCUGCUGAGUCCGCCAAAGAGGAACGUCUUUAUGCACCUGUGCAUGUUCCUGCGCGCGGGCAUUGAGAGCCAGUACUACGACCUGCAUCAAGUCGCCUCCACCUUUGGCCGUAUUUUGCUGCGCAGCAACGAGCGUGCCGCUUGGAUGGACUACCACAGCCGGUGCAUCCAGUUCAUGCGGCUCUUCAUCGACGCGGACGUCGAGACAAUGGGCAACGGCAAUGAGGGCGCCGGAACUGGGACAGGAUCCGGAUCGGGGGCCAGAACCGGACUGCAGGCAUAGUCGCCGGACCCGGGCCCGGACCCGAUCUUCGGAACUGUUGAUAGCUAACUGUACGCAUAGUGUUAGUUUAUUUAUUUUACAUGUUGGUCCUUUGUUGGCACUUAGCAUUUAUGUAUAUUUCUCUGUUUUACCUGUUAAUUGUUUGUGCCCGCCUUUCGUUCAUUCCAACUCCGCCUACUUCACAUCCCGGAAUUACCUGUUAUAUUCGUACAUCACAAAAACACGAAGAUAAAGCGGACACGUAAGAUCCAGCUGUAAGCGAUAGCGUGCAGAUGCCCGUGGAGCAGAAGGCCAACGGAAAAAUAAAUCGAUUGUGUAAAUAAGUCAAACGAAACAUUCUGCACACCACCAGUUUAAUCAAUGUUUGGUUGAGCACGAUUGCUUGUUAGUUUAAAAUAAUUUAGAUUUCCAAAGGAAAAACCCGGUUUCAGUUUAAACUGAAAAUAAACAACACCGUUAAAUACA